UUUUACAGGUUGUUCGUUCAGCUUGACUACAUGUACAGUGAUGUACUGUACUUCUAAAUCGCUUACCAGUUCCCGUGCUCGAUCAUAUUCUGCGCAUUUUUGCAGUACAGUUUAUAGCCUGAAUUAUUUCAGCUAUUUAUUUCCAACUCCGAAUGAACUGCCGCGAUCACAGCUAAAUACUUUUGGCUGAUUGGUAUUUGCUCCGUACGGAGCUACAGAUACGUAAAACAGACUGCGUAAAUUGAGGCGGCUUCAAAUCAACAGUUCGAAUACCUCAAUCCCACAUUAGCUGAGACGAGUAAUUAAGUCAUCACUAAUUGAUCUUUACUUGUGCGAUUUAUUGCUGUUCAUAUUCUGAUACAAAGCCUGGAAUGUUUUUCCUGGACGACUGAGAAUGCGCUUCCUCUUUAAGACAUCUGACGUGUACGGAGGGAACCGCGUGGACGUACAGUCGCCCGAUGGUAUUCUCCAGCAUGGAAACGUCAUUGAUGCGAAGACCAACGGUCUGAUUAUCGACUUUGGUGGCCGUGAACAGCGGUGGCAGUUCGUGGAGUAUGGGACGGUCUCACACUGUUUGACGACGACCGGAGGAUCCACAGAGUCACCUGCGGACCUCGAUACCGUUGUGAGAAAUUUACGCACACCUAAUUUCCAUUUCCAAGUUCUGGGGCGCCCGUCUGCCGAUGAAUCGUGGAGAUGGUACUCCGUAGAUUUGUUGGGUAGUACUUUAUUCGGCAGCCGCUACGUCGCCGUUGAGAUUCGGUGUGAUUUGACCAUCUUUCGCGAGGUUAUUCCGGCUCAUCUGUUACGUGCUGUGCCUUCCAUCCGCGAACUGCAGCAAUGUCGCGUUGAAGUCGGGGAUUUUUCUCCUGGACAUUGCUCCACGUUGGGGCACUACGCGCCGGCGCACGAUAAUCCAGUCAUGGCGCCACUGUGGAACUGCUGGCAAGAGCAACUGCUCCACAGAAAUAUUGUGCCUGUACGUGUUCUCAACGAUACGCUGUACUACAUACAGACAGAAAAACGUCCCCGUGACAUAGCUUCUCCUGAAUCCCUGGUUCGCAGUUUGACAAACGCCAGAGUUGAAUUGGAAAAGCUCAUGUCCGAUGGGUGGAUAUUUUCUGGCACGCGUUGGCGGUCACCGACAAGUGUAGCGAAAGAAGCGUUCCUGUCGCUCGAACACAAUCCUCUCGAUCCUGAGCCUCUGUCCUCACUGUCGUUAAACGUUCUCGAACAACUCUUCCCGUUCUUGGACACCGUCCACCGUGUGCAAUGCCGUCGUGUGUGUCCGUUGUGGGAUUCUUUAAUAAAUCAAGCAAAUCCCUCCCACGAAAUUCAAAUUUCGUUUGCUACGGGGACGACGCUUGCAAUCGCAAUUAAUAAGGCUACUCUAAUGGUCGGUCAGUGUCUGUGCAAAUGCAUGACGUCAACAACGGAACGUGUCAUCAUUAUGAAUGCGUCCUACACUGGUUUAAACGCCUGUCUACGAUUGAUCGUCACUAUACAAGAACGUCUGUCACCAACACCGGAAAAGAAGAUGACAGUGAUCAUCAACAAAUUCGUGUGGAAAGAAGAACGGCCCGUGUGGAACAAGGAUGCGACCUUUACCCGGGAUAUUGCUAGUAUGAGCUACAUUUGUUCUUACGCUACUGAUGCCGUCGACCGUCUCAUGUGGAGAAACUGUGAAUUUCCCGCAUCGUAUCCAUGUGGCCUGGAUAAAAGAAGCUUCUGUGGUGUGCUUCACCUGGAAUCGAACUGCCUGCAUUUGCAAUGUCAUCUGUGGGACAUGUUGGAAACCAGUUUAGCUGCCUCGGCAAUCGAUCCAGAUCUCCUUUCCGAAUGGAUCCGGGACGCAGAGACUGACUGUUUUUACAGUGCGCGCAUCAAACAGGUCUUAGACCACUUGCAGAUCUGCGAUCCACGGAUCAAAGAGAAUCAGCCCGAAGUCAGUUGGACUCUGUAUCCAGUGAUCGACCUGGACCUGUCGUCGCUGAGCAAGCUGACGCUUUGCGCCCUGCACGGCCUGAUGAUCGAAAGUCAGCUCACGGAGCAGCAGGUAGUGGACAAGGACAAACUGGAGGUCGGAAAAGCCAGUGGAUCCUGUCUUCCAAUCUACCUGUGAAGGAUGCCAAUUAAUUUUAUUUAAUUUGCUAUCAAAAGGAAAUUCUCUUGUAA